GCUAGAAAACUCCAAAACUCAUUUUUCAAAUCAAUCAAUCGAUCGAAGUUCCAAUUUCAAGAAGAUUUAUUCUUGAGAUCUCCGUAAUUUACACUGAUUACUUUCCGAAUCAUCUAGAAUAUUCCACAUCUAGGAAUGCUCUCAAUUUGAUCGAGCGUUUUCGCUAAAUUGUCUUCUCCAGUAUUGUUUUCACAGAACACAAAUUGGGAAGACAUGGAGAGCAUCUUGCCAACGACGUCGUUUUCGUCGUCGUCAAAAUCGGAAAGGCGGUCAAAAUCAAAGUCUAGUCAAACAUCUAAACCUUCUCUAGUAAUGGCAUUAAUCUCUUGCUUCGCUUGGUUAUAUGUCGCCGGAAGGUUAUGGCAAGAUGCAGAGUACAGAAUGGUAUUAGGUAGUCUCUUGAAGAAGAACUCAGAGCAGAGACCAAAGAUGCUGACAGUUGAAGACAAGCUAAUGGUUUUAGGAUGCAAGGAUCUGGAGAGGAGAAUAGUUGAAGUCGAAAUGGAAUUAACAGUGGCUAAGAGUCAAGGUUACCUCAAGAAUCAGUUGAAGCAGAGUGGUUCAUCUUCGGGCAAACAACUUCUGGCUGUUAUAGGAAUCUAUACGGGAUUCGGAGGUAGAUUGAGGAGAAAUGUGAUCAGAGGGUCUUGGUUGCCAAAUGUUGAUGCUUUGUCGAAACUUGAAGAAAGAGGAGUGGUUGUGCGAUUUGUAAUUGGUCGGAGUCCCAACCGUGGUGAUAGCUUGGACCGCAAUGUUAACGAGGAGAACCUAGCAACAAAAGAUUUCUUGAUUCUAGAAAGUCAUGAGGAAGCUCAGGAGGAAUUGCCCAAGAAAGCUAAAUAUUUCUUUAGUUCAGCAAUACAAAAUUGGGACGCAGAGUUUUAUGUGAAAGUUGAUGACAACAUUGAUGUUGACCUUGAUGGGUUGAUUGAGCUCCUUCAAAAACGGCGUGGUCAAAAUAGUUCUUACAUUGGAUGCAUGAAAUCUGGAGAAGUAGUUGCAGAAGAGGGAAGGGCAUGGUAUGAGCCAGAAUGGUGGAAAUUCGGAGAUGAGAAAUCGUACUUCCGGCAUGCAGCUGGUUCAGUUCUGGUGCUUUCCAAAAAUUUGGCCCAGUAUAUUAACAUAAACAGUGCUUCCUUAAAGAGUUAUGCGCAUGAAGAUACAUCAAUUGGAUCAUGGAUGAUGGGUCUUCAGACAACUUACAUAGAUGACAGCCGCCUAUGCUGUAGCACCUCCGGACAAGGUAAACAACAAAGUGUGCUCAUUGGCUUGAACAGGAAAGAUGUCAUUCUGUCUCGUCUUGCUAGGACAACUAUUCCAUUCGCUUUUAUUGGAGCAUACCAUAACUCGAAAAUGGAAACAUCCUGUUUCAUCCCCAGGGAGGUCCGCAUCAAUGUGCAACAUUACGUGUAAUGAGCUUCAGAGUUUGGUAAAAUCUAAAGUGGUAGCAACAUGUUUGAAAAAGGUGAUAUGUCAGAAAGAGACUUCUCGCGGUUGGAAACAUGGGCGUGAAACGAACAUCCAUCGCCACAAAAAUGAUGCUUUCCACUUGAAAAUCAUCAGCAACUAUAAUAAUCCGGUUGGAUCUAGUAAAUCAAAACAUCUACAUUUAUUUCCACUUUGAUGACGCAUACUCGCUGGCUUGGUGAAAAAGAUGUUGCAAUAGCAUUCGUGGAUGGAAGCAACGAAGUUUUGUACCAAGUGCAACUUUUUCAUUACAAAGUUGGGAAUCAGUAAACAUACUGGGCAGAUUUACGAGAAAUGCAACCCCAAGAUUUUAGUCUAAUGCCAACAGCGUAGUACCUGAUGUAUGGAUUAGACACACAACAUAGAUUCGAGGGUAAGCUUUCAGGAUUUCUUGGUUAUAGAAAAAAUCGUAAAUAAUGCAUUAAUAAGUUCUGAAGGAUUGGUUAUAUUUACUGUAAUUUAUCCUUCUUUAUCAGACACUACGGUUUUUACUUU